AUGGAUAAAAAACCAUGCAAAUCUCAAGAGGUUGAAGUGAGAAAAGGUCCAUGGACUAUGGAAGAGGAUUUGAUUCUCAUCAACUAUAUUGCCAACCAUGGUGAAGGUGUUUGGAAUUCUCUUGCUAGAGCUGCAGGGUUGAAACGUACCGGGAAGAGUUGCCGGCUCCGAUGGUUAAACUAUCUUCGACCGGACGUUCGGAGAGGCAAUAUCACACCGGAGGAACAAUUCUUGAUCAUGGAACUGCAUGCUAAGUGGGGAAACAGAUGGUCGAAAAUAGCGAAGCAUUUGCCUGGAAGAACAGAUAACGAAAUAAAGAACUAUUGGAGAACAAGGAUUCAGAAACACAUGAACAAACCAGCUGAGGUUUGCUAUUCAAAUCAAAGUGAUUGUGAAUUACUUGAUCAGCAAGCAAGCUCAAGCCAAUUGCCUUGCAAUAGUACAAAUACAACAAAUGCAGAUUUGAUGGGAACAUCAUACUCUCCAUUGUCAUCAUUUGACUAUUACAACAACAUUGAAGCAUUUUCAGGACAACAACAACAACAAGUAAUGCUCGAAUCGCCAUCGAACCAAGAAGAUAAUUAUUGGAACAUGGAGGAUAUAUGGUCCAUGCAGAUACUUAAUGGUAAUUAAAUAAAUAUCAAUGUUAGUCCAAAUUAAUUGAGAUUAAUUUGGUUGAUUAAUGUUAGGGUUUUGUGAACUUAUAUAAUAUUUUGGAUUAAGUAUGGCUUGUAAUAGGAAACGUUGUAGUACUAUAAUAUAUAUAUAUAUAUAUAUAUAUAUAUAUAUAUAUAGCCUUCUACAUUAUAUAUAUGAGAGUUUUCAAUGCUAAUUAGCUAUUGUACAUA